UGCAUACGCGAACCAACGAAUAGUGCGCUCCUUCUCGUGUGGACGCUCAUGCUCAUCGCUGACCGUCCUCAGGCCCUGGGCACGCAUGGCGGAAUGUUGCAUAUUCUGUCUCUCACCGGCGAGCUCAUCAAGUCCUUCCAACCGCACUCUGCCUCUGUCACGGACAUAUCAGUCGAUCUUACCGGGGAGUGGGUCGCCACCGCGUCUCUUGACGGGCAGGUCGUGCUGCACUCCGUCUCGAGCCCCGAGUCCCAUACGUUCGACAUGAAGCGGUCUCUCCGCACGGUGGCCCUUGAGCCUAACUUUGCCAAGAGCAGCACACGCUCACUGGUAUGCGGAGGAAUGGCGGGGUCAUUGGUCUUGCAUGAGAAGGGCUGGCUGGGCUACAAGGAGACGGUGCUGCACACGGGGGAGGGACCAGUCUGGCAAGUGCGUUGGCGAGGCAGACUCAUCGCCUGGGCAAAUGACUUGGGCGUCAAGAUCUACGACACCGUCUCCCAAACCCGCAUCACCUACAUCGACCGCCCGCCCGACAGCCCCCGCGCGGACCUAUUCAAGUGCACCCUCCACUGGCAGGACGACUCCACGCUCCUCAUCGCCUGGGCAGACCAGAUCAAGGUUGCGCGCAUCCGAGCGCGUCCCCGCACACCCACCGUCUCCGCCUCCGCGAACCUUCCCCCGUACCUCGCCGACAUCACCGCCGUCUUCCAGCUCGAUUGCAUGGUCGCGGGCAUCGUCCCCCACCCUCUCGGCAACUCACCCUCCACCGCAGGCGCGGGCGUGCUUCCCACCCAAAGCGACGCAGCGAGUGUCGCCUCGGGGGCUUCCUCGGCAGUGCACAAGACUGGGGCACCCCCGAGCUUAACUGCUUUCCUCAUCCUUGCGUACACCCCGCCAGACAUGUCGCUCCUCACGGGCAACGAAGCCAUCGCGGACCGUGCGGAGCAGGCGCGCAAGGCAGCCGAGCGCCCCGAGCUCCGCAUCGUCUCGCGCGGCGGGGAGGAACUCGCAGCGGACGCGCUCGGGAUCUCGGGCUUUGAGCGCUGGAGUUGUAACGACUAUGUGCUGAUCGAGGUGGACGCGAGCGUAGCGGAGCGGUAUUAUGUCGUGUUAAGCCCGAGAGAUAUUGUAGUCGUGCGGCCGAGAGACUGGCGGGACCAUGUUGCCUGGCUGGUUGAGAGACAGAGGUACGAGGAGGCCCUGGAGGAGAUCGAGAGACAGGCGGCGAUGGGAGUUACUGCUGGGCAGGGGCAGGACGCGGUGGACGCUGUGCAUGUCGGGCAGCGGUACAUCGAACAUCUGGUCAGCCAAGGUGAUUGGGUGAAGGCAGCUCGCCUCUGUCCGAAGGUCUGUGGACAGGACCCUAAGCGCUGGGAAGACUGGAUAUUCCUCUUCGCGCAGAAGCAUCAGUUGCAGGCCAUUAUCCCUUAUGUCCCAACAGAGUCGCCUACUCUCGGACAUCUGGUGUAUGAGAUGAUACUCGCGUACUUCCUUGCGCAUGAUCGUCACGCGCUGCUCCGGAUGAUCAAGAGCUGGCCGAAGAACAUCUACGAUGUGCCCGCCGUCAUAGUCGCUGUGCAAGCAGAGUUGGACCGGGCGCCCUCUUCAUCCUCGAUGAAAACAACCGCACCUGCGACGGUGCUCCUUAUGGAGUGUCUUGCUGAGCUAUAUACCAUGAAUCACCAACCUGGCAAGGCCCUUCCUUACUUCCUGCGCUUACGACGCCCGAACGUCUUCGACCUCAUUCGCGAGAACAACCUGUUCACCGCUGUGCAGGAUCAAGCCUUGCUCCUCGUUGAGUUCGAUCACGAGCUGAUGGAGAAGCGGAGAAGAGACGGCGAGGACGUACGUCCGGAGGACAGCAGAGCGAUCGCGUUACUUGUGGACCAUAUACACUCUAUACCCAUUGGAAGAGUCGUCCAGCAGUUGCAAGGACGACCCGACUAUCUAUACCUCUACUUAGAUGCCCUCUUCCACAAAGACCCUCAUUUAACAUCUGAUUUUGCAGAUAUGCAGGUUAGGCUCUGCGCGGAACAUGCACCGGAUCGGCUCAUGAAUUUCUUGCGUUCGAGCAAUUAUUACAGCCUCGAAGAGGCGUACAACGUCUGCAAUGAGCGAGAUAUGGUGCCUGAAAUGGUAUUCCUGCUGGGUCGAAUGGGCAACAACAAACAGGCAUUGACCUUGAUCAUCGAGCGUCUGGGCGACGUUAAUCGGGCGAUCGACUUUGCUCGUGAACAGCACGAUGACGACCUCUGGGAAGAUCUGUUGAAGUACUCGGAGACGCGACCAUUGUUCAUUCGCGGCCUGCUCGAGAAUGUCGGCGCGGAGAUCAACCCCAUUCGACUCAUUCGGCGUAUCAAGAACGGUCUCGAGAUACCGGGUCUCAGGGGCGCGUUGAUCAAGAUCUUGCACGACUUCAACCUGCAAGUCUCGUUGCUCGAAGGAUGCCAGACCAUCUUGGAUGGUGAUUGCGCAGAGCUGGCGCAGACAUUGUACAGAAAUCAGACGAAUGGUUUCUUCCUGAACCCGCAAACACAUUGUCCUAUAUGCUCCCAGAGUCUGCAGCAACGCCCGCAUAGCCUGACGCUGUUAUACCUAUGUCGCCAUGUUGUGCACGCAAGUUGUGUUGCUCCUGACGAGGCUUUGCAUGAGUGGAUCAAUCAUAGCGCUGGAGGCACCCAGGGCGUCGGUGGCACAAUUGCACUCGCUGCUAUGGUGCGCGCGAGGAUCAACACCGGGUGCCCCGUGUGUAAGCGGAAGGGCGAGGGACGACAGUCGUAGCCAUUAUCGCCUGUAGCCGAGAACACAGUGCACGUUCGCAGUUCAGCCGUACAGUACUACAUACAUAUCACAAAUCCUAGUCGACUUUCAGGACGAUUGCUUCUGAGCCUAAUUGCAAGUGUCUCGUCCAUUCAUUUCCUUCAUAGCUUAUCUGUGCAAUGCUUCGACUGUCGACCGACCUGAGUCAUCUUUUGCCCGUCGACGCGACCGUGGACUCACGCUACGACGUCAUGCGACCGAUAUGCCGGCAUUUCUGCAUCAUAGGCUCCCCGUCGGAAGAAUACAGUGGUAGGUUUGGCCUCUAUCU